AUGAAGAGUAACCAAUUUACGGUAGAAGAUGGUUCAGUAAAUUCUGCAGAAGUUGGAUCACUAACUGAUGUGAUACUUCAUAAAGAUUCAAAUGGUGAUGUGAUUAAAGAAAAUGGAUUGAAAGCUGGUCUACAAAAUAGAAUGAUUAAUUUAAUUGCAUUAUGUGGAAUUAUAGGACCAGGUAUGUUUAUUGGUAUUGGUAAUAUGUUGGCAAAAGGUGGUCCUGUUUCAAUGAUUGUUGGUUUUGGAAUUGUCGGUAUUUUGGUCAUAUUUAUGAUGUUUGCAGUUGGUGAAUUGAAUUCAAUUUAUGAUGAAAAUUUUGCAAUCUUGGGGUCAAGAUUUAUAUCUAAAGGUUUUGGUGCAACAAUAUCACUUUAUUAUGUUAUAAUUUGGGUUACAAUAUUAAUUUCUGAAUACACAUCAUUAACUGCAGCUCUUCAAAGUUAUACCACUAAAAUCCCAAUGUAUGGUUGGUUUUUAAUUUUCUUCACCAUUUUCACUUGUUUCCAAACUUUAGAAAUAAGUUGGUGGGGUGAAAGUGAAUAUAUCUUGGGAAUGUUUAAAUUGAUUUUCAUAACUGGAUUUUAUCUUUUUGCAAUAAUUUUUGCAAGUGGUGGUAUUCCAAAUCAUAAACCUGAUAAUCCUUUUGGGAAAUAUCCUUUAAAUUCAGGGUUUAAAGGUAUAGCAAGUUCAUUUGUUUAUGCUGGAGUUUUUUAUGCGGGUGUUGAAGGAAUAUCCUUAUUAACUAUGGAAUCUAAAAAUCCGAGAAAAGCUAUUCCAAGUGCUGUUAAAAGUACUGUUUAUAGAGUGUUUUAUGUUUAUAUUGGUCUUUCAAUUGCCUAUGGUAUCACAGUGGCAUAUAAUGAUCCCAUUUUAAAUUCAGGUGAUGGUGUUUUAAAAUCACCAAUGAUGAUUGCAUUAACAAAUGCCGGUUGGACCAAUUCAAAAUAUUUUGUUACAACUUUUAUAUGGAUAACUUGUUUUAGUUCAAUAAAUACUGCAAUAUAUUUUGCAUCUAGAUCCUUAUUUGCAUGGGCUCAAGAAGGUUAUGGUCCUAAAAUUUUCACAAAAGUUACUAAAAAAGGUGUACCAUAUGUUGCAAUCCAUUUUGUUCAUAUUUUUAGCUUUUUAGCUAUAUUGUCAUAUAGUUCAGGCUCACGUGUUGCUUAUACAUAUAUAAUAUCAGUUACUGGAGUGGCAACUUUCAUUGUUUGGGUUUGUAUUUGUGGGGUUCAUUUAAGAUUUAGAUACGCUUGGAUUAAAAGGAAUUUACCAUUGGAUAAUAUUCCAUAUUUGGCACCAUGUUUCCCAUAUGGAAGUUAUUUUGGUGCUGGGUUGGGAAUUGUUUUAGUUCUGGUUCAAGGAUGGACAUGUUUUGUCCCAUUUGAUUACAAAUCGUUUAUUGAUGGCUACAUCAUGUUGCCAUUAUUCUUUAUUAUAUGGGGCUGUUAUGAUUACUUUUAUUUUAAAAAAGGGUUAUUGAAAGUCAAUGAGAUUGAUUUUGAAUCAACAAGGUUAGAAUUGACUGAAGAUGUUGAUAAGUUAUUAUGA